CAAAAUGUCUCCUUUUGUUCUAUUAGCUCAAUCAAGUUCACUUCGUGAUAACAAACAUUACCUACACAGACCCUUAACAAAUAUGGAGUUGUCAAUGUACUGCUUGUUACUGGUUUAUUUAGUUGGAGUUACUGUGCAUGGAGAUACACGGGAACUUAUACCUCUAGAAGCCCCAGAAAAUUUAACUUUAAUCGAUAUAGGUGAAAGAGAUGUUAUGAUAAUGUGGAGCCCAGUGAAUAAAUUAAGUGUUAGAGGAACUUUUAGAGGAUAUAUUAUUAGAGUUUGGAAUCACGUACAGAAAAAAACGUUCUUUGUAUUGUACAAUUUUGUGAUUGUAAAUUGUAAAUGUAAUUUAUUUUGUGGAUGCGAGGAAAAUAGCAGGGUAGCAAUGUUUUCCCGUCAUAUGCAGGCUGUUUUCAAGGCCACCAGACAAAGAAUCCGAAAGCUAAGGACCCAAACUCAAGUAUAUGCCGUUCCUCCAGAUGUAACCACUACAAACGUGCAAUUUUUCCCCUAUUCCAAGAAUUUUAUAACUGUCAGCGUUAGAAACGAAAAAUAUGUGGGACCAAGAAGCACUGCUAUACGUUUUGAUGCCCCGCAAACAGAACCAAGUUACCCAUACCUUUUUGAAUGGCACCAGCUUGGAAAUGAUUCAGUACUUCUUCAGUGGAAUAAACCAAAACAACCCAAUGGUAUUUUAAUAGGUUAUAACAUUUAUACAAGCAAAAUGAAGCCAAGUGGAGGUAUAGACGAAAAGUCAACAAUUCAUCAGUCGAUAAGCGAUCCAAACAAGUUUCAAACAAAAGUGACUGGACUGAAGGAAGGAGUGAAAUAUCAAGUAGAUUUGGCUGCUGUUAAUUGCGCUGGGGAGAGUGAACAUAACUCCAUCGAGAUGGAAUUAGAACAACACACCCCGGAAACACCUUCAAUACCGUUCUUUAAAUACAAGAUCGAUUACAAACCAAUGGACUCGCUAAACGAAUGCAUAAAACCUACAGUGCCAAUCGUCACAGUUCCUCCCAAAGUGGACAUCGAUUUUAACGAUUUUGAUGACGAUUACUUUGUUUUUAACGAGACUGAAACCGGAAAAAUAGUGAGAGGUACUACCACCAAGAAACCAAAAACCACCACGAAAAAAAUCGACACCACCCAUGACCCUUGUAUAGUUGAUUGCAUGAUUACGUGGAUGCCUGAUGUUGAUGAUGUUCCAGGUGAACAUUUCUACGUGAAAUACAGACAAAGAGGUUUAAAGGAUUUCAAUACCACCGAUCCAAUUAAAAAUGAAGAUUUUGUUAUUUUAAAAAAAUUCAACGGAUGUCAAAGUUACGAAAUUGUUUUGGUGACCGUGGAUGGCGACCAUGAGACUGAAAGCGACUUGCAGAUGACACCAGCAGUACUUUUUAUGACCUAUUUCUAAAUUCAUUUUUUGUAUAAAUUACAAACCGUAGAUAUAGGAUAUAAUUUAUUACAAU